AUGACUACUCUGGAUUACGAGGAGCCUUUGACUUCUACAGUGAGACCGAAUACUGCCGCGUUUCUCACUGUUCGAUUUAUCAAAUCGUUCCCUUAUCGUACAGUCAAGAAUCACCGCCGUUUAACGGCUCAAACCAGGGGCACCAAGGUCACCGCCGAGGUGCUCGACAGCAGGACCGAGACUGUCGACAACGGGAGCGAGAAGACCAACAGUGUUGGACAAGUCACCAGUGACGGGAGCGAGACCAGCAACAAGGCCACCAAGACCGGCAGCGGCACCACCACCGGGAACGGAGGGGAGAGAAGGAACAGAGGGCAAUUGACGAGCACUCAAACCAGAAGAGGCGUCACCAAGGUCAGCACCGAGGUCCUCAAGAGCAGGACCGAGGCUGUCGACAACGGGAGCGAGAAGACCGACAGUGUUCGACAAGUCACCAGUAACGGGAUCGAGACCAGCAACAAGGCCACCAAGACCAGCAGCGGCACCACCACCGGGAACGGAGGGGAGAGAAGGAACAGAGGGCAAUUGGCGAGCACUCAAACCAGAAGAGGCGUCACCAAGGUCAGCACCGAGGUCCUCAAGAGCGGGACCGAGACUGUCGACAACGGGAGCGAGAAGACCAACAGUGUUGGACAAGUCACCAGUGACGGGAGCGAGACCAGCAACAAGGCCACCAAGACCGGCAGCGGCACCACCACCGGGAACGGAGGGGAGAGAAGGAACAGAGGGCAAUUGACGAGCACUCAAACCAGAAGAGGCGUCACCAAGGUCAGCACCGAGGUCCUCAAGAGCAGGACCGAGACUGUCGACAACGGGCUCAAGGAGACCGACAGUGUUGGACAAGUCACCAGUGACGGGAGCGAGGCCAGCAACAAGGCCACCAAGACCGGCAGCGGCACCACCACCGGGAACGGAGGGAAGAGAGGGAACGGAGGGGAGAGAAGGAACAGAGGGCAAUUGACGACGGCUCAAACCAGGAGCACCAAGGUCACCGCCGAGGUGCUCAAGAGCAGGACCGAGACUGUCGACAACGGGCUCGAGAAGACCGACAGUGUUGGACAAGUCACCAGUGACGGGAGCGAGACCAGCAACGAGACCACCAAGACCGGCAGCGGCACCACCACCGGGAACGGAGGGAACGGAGGGGAGAGAAGGAACAGAGGGCAAUUGACGACGGCUCAAACCAGGAGCACCAAGGUCACCACCGAGGUGCUCAAGAGCAGGACCGAGACUGUCAACAACAGGCUCAAGGAGACCGACAGUGUUGGACAAGUCACCAGUGACGGGAUCAAGACCAGCAACGAGACCACCAAGACCAGCGGCAGCACCACCGCCGGGGACUUGGGGCAUAGGAGCAGCGUUAACAGCUGCAAGAGAAAGGGCAACUAA